AUGAGGUCAUCAUUGUUGUCAAAUUUACUUCACGCUACUCAUUCGCAAGUUUAUCAAUCAUUCUCUUAUAUUUCGAAAACAUUGAAAAAGUUUGAAGCUUCAUUCAAGAAUCGUUACAAAUUAUUUUUUGAUCCUAAAGUUUUAGGUUUCUUGCAUAUAAUUAAUUCUUAUAAAAUCAAGAAGCUAACAAAUCGUUUUCCAUUAAAAAAUAAACAGAAAAGCCUGGAAAAUCUUCACAAAUCAUUGCAAAGUAAUAAAAAAUAA